AUGAAAUUUGGUAAAAUAUGUAUUGAGAAACACGUAAAAGCUACGUGCAUUGGUAGCGACCGUGACACUCUUGCAACAGUGGCAGUAACCUCAGUGCUUGGUAGUGGCUGCCUCCAACCCGGCAACAUGGAAGACAGCAACAACCUGAAUUCUUAUGCAUUCCUUUCAGUCGACACCCGUGAAUUGCGUACGGCACACAUUGUACAGACCGGAAAAUAUUUGGUGCUUACUAAUGUAUCAUCUGCAGACCGUGGUCUCUAUGUAUGCUUCGCUUCCGUGCCUCCUCGCAAUGCCACAGACAUAGCCUUAGAAAUUGUUAAUAGCACAAAAACCGAUGUAGCAAUUAGAGUAGAAUUAUAUUCGAAUAAUAGCGUAUUUAGUAAUAGUGAUACUAGUGUAGAAACAAAUGUAGACUUAUUAAAAACGACAACACCAACAAUACCAGCAAUACCAGCAACACCAAAAAAUGUUAAAUUAUUGCAAACUGAAAGUGCAACAACAACGACAACAAAAACAACAGCAGCCACAGCAACAGCAUCAACAAAUAUAAUAAGAAAAACAAAAACAAAUGCAACAACUGCUUUUACUACCUCGCCAAUUACAACGUCUACAACUGUAGCUCUAACAAAAUUGUCCUCAUCCUCCUCCUCCUCCUUGGCACCUCACACUAUUGCAAACAGUAGCAGUAGUACAACUAAUUCCACCUUACCAACGCUUAACGAAGAAGAAGAGCAAGAAUAUCAAGCAAUACUUAAAGUCAAUCUAACUGUACGUACACCACCUGGUCCAGUAUCACAACUCUAUUUUAAAGCAUCCACUAUUUUGGGUUUUCUCAUUUGGCGUUUCAAUAAAACCGCCGCUGGUGGGUAUCCAGUCCGUAGUUUCACAGCAGAGUAUCGUAAUGUUUCCUAUGUUCAAACGCCAUAUAACAGCUCUUUCGAACAUGCAUGGAUACGUAUGGAUCCUAUAAACAUUGCCCCAAAUGUGGAUAUUGGGGAUUUAUUGUUACGUGGCUUUAGUUUGGUUUCGUCAUAA